AUGGCAUUCAAAGUAAUAAUUUUCGCUGCCUUUUUGGCAUUCGCCAACGCCGGAUAUAUCGGAGAAGCACCAGUAGCUGCUUACUCCCCAGUAGUUUCAAGCUACGCCGCAGCUCCAGUUUUAACAGCACCCGGUGCCGUAUCAAAAUCCUACGUACAAACCUACACCAGCCAUCCGACACCAGUAGUCAAAGCUCCCAUCGUAUCCACUUAUUCCGCUCCUUUGGCACUCCCAAAUCCAGUCGUAUCCACUUACUCCGCACCGCUCGUUUCCAAACAAAUUGCUCCAGUUACUUACGCGGCACCAGUUUAUUCUAGCUACUCCGCACCGAUCGUAGCUAAACAAUAUGCACCUGUAUCGUACGCAGCACCGGCUCCAGUAUUGUCGGCGUAUUCUGCACCGUUUGCAGCUAAAUCCGUAGCUCCUCUCGCUUACGCCGCCCACGCUCCAGUUAUUUCUUCAUACUCUGCAGGUCCGGCUUUACACCACUUGUAAAUAAUAAUUACAUAAUGUUGAUGUGAUUUAUUUAUUGAAAAAUAAUAGUUUAAAUUUUGAAAUAUAUAUUGAAUAACAGUAUAAG